AUGUUGAGCCAGGAUAUCUGUGGAAGAUUCUUCCCGAUUCUGCACCAAUUAGAGAGUGGGAAGAGUUGUUGUGAAUACUUGAACGGAUUUUCUGGAUUGCAAUCCAUUAUAUCGUUUCACCUGUGUUCACCACCGUUAAACCCUUUCUUUUCUAAAAGUAAAUGGAGGGAGGAGUUUAAUGUGACCUCUAUGGGAGACACAACUACACGAUGAGAUGAAAACUUGAUUGAAUUUUCAAAAUUUCACUUAUAGUAAAUUCUUUUAUUUCAACAUACACGACAAGUAUUUUGGUCUUUUAGUAAAAAAGAAAGAAUGAAAUUGAGUUCCUUCCACUAACCAGAGAAAUUUAUCAAC